AGUACGCUACUGAGCGUCGAUGAAAACGCUUAUCUUUUUAUAGCUCAAAAAAAAAAAGUUCUAAAUUCAAACUCUUUCUUUUUUAAAUUGCCAGUGCGUAUACAUUCUAGAGUAUUUAAAUUUUAUGUGAAACUAUUUCAUCACAGUACCGUUUUGCGCUCAUUCGAAUUUUAAAUCUACUGAUUAAUAAACGCGCGUAAACAAUUAAACUUCGUCUUUAUAAUCGUAUUUUUUGUCUAUUGUUUUGUGGCUUAUGAGAUCGAAAUAGAAUCAAGUGCAUUGCUUAUAUAAUUUGUGUUUGUAAAUAGUGCGAAGUGUAUCGAAACACUGAAGACUCGAAAUUAUACCACCGAUGCGAUGAGUCAACUGUUUUCGAGUUUUCAUUUUAAUUUCCAACAAUAAAAUUAUUAAAUCGUGUGUUCUUGAUAAUGGCAAGUCUGUGUUUAUGGUCAGUGUACGGAUAGAUAUUGGUACAAGAAGAUUCAGAAAUAAGGAGUAAUAUUAAGUUCCACAUUGUACUUGCCUUUCACGUCGAGGUUGUGACUUCGACUCCCAUCAGGACAGAUAUUUAUGUGCACGAAAACGUCUGUUUGUCCUGAGUCUGAGGAGCUACAAUGGCGUUGCCGAUGUUGCGACAAUGCUGCGGCUGUGUUUCUUUAGAAAAAGGAUGUUUCUUACUCGGCCUUUUGUCCACAUUAUUCUGCAUAGCAGCCAUUAUGGCUGGAUCCUGGAGUCUCCCACGACACAGGGAGAGGGAGCAGGAAGACAAUCUCAUUUCGAUGACAUUGGUCAUGUUUUCGACUUUAUCAGCUAUCAGUAACGUUGUAGUAUUAGUGGGUGUUGGAAUGAGGCGACCCGGCUGUCUGCAACUCUCAUUGCUGUUCAACUCCGUGUUCAUUCUGUGCAUCUUCCUAGUGGCGGUGGUCACUUGCCUGUUCAGUCCUGAACUCGCGCCAUUUUUGGUUGACCCAGGAAACGUCGCUUUAAUCGUGGUCAUGAUUAUUGCUGGUGCUGCGUACUCUGUAUACUACCUUACGGUGGUGAACAGCGUGUACAGGAAGAUGAAAAUGAGUUACAGCGAGACAGCGCUGCCUAUGUAAAAGUUCAAGACUGCAAGUAUUGUGAUUUGUGAUUGAAUACGCUUUCUCUUUAAUUUUUUGCGUCGAAUUUAUAUAAAUAGUCACUUUGUAUAUUUUUAUAUGUUUCAAUAAAGUAAUUUAGAUGUU